AAAGGACUUGUAAACUAAGAACAGAGAAUUCCUUAGCAGUUUACAUAUGAAGAACUGAAUUUCCUAUCUUAUUGGGUCAUAUUUCAAUACCAGUGUAUCGUCUUUCUCUUUUCUUCAGUUAGGACUUGUAAACUAAGAACAGAGAAAUCCUUAGCAGUUUACAUGUGAAGAACUGAAUUUCCUAUCUUAUUAGGUCAUAUUUCAAUACCAGUGUAUUGUCUUUCUCUUUUCUUCAGUUAGUUGCCAGUGGAGAAUUAAACUUCAGGGUGCAUUAUAGUGGAGUUUUGUUCUCCUAAAAGUUUUCUAGACAUCCUAUAGUAACUUUCCCUUUAAUGAUCAUAGGAGUGAAAAAAUAAACCUCAAGAAGCCGUUUCCCUUAGGGUCAAGCUGUCAAUAUUUUGAUGUUGUUAAGGGAGUAUUUUUCUCAUAUUUACUUCGGCUAUGUCAUUACUGUUGGAUUGCCUGAGUUUGCUUUGUUGUUUGUCUUUGUCUCUUGUGGCUAUACCCCUUUGUUUGGUUAAAGUUUGCACUGCUUGACAGCUUCUCGCCUUCAAAUAUUUUCAGGUUCCAUGAUUUUCCAUGUCCUUAAUCUUUUAUGGAUUUCAAAUAGUUACUUUUAAUAUCUUUUUUUCAUUUUUUAGCAAUCGACUAGGGUUCCUUUAUUCACAGAAGUGGCUUAAAUUCUGUUGCUACAAUUAUUUGCGAGUUCAGGUGCCCUUCACAAUUUAUGCUACAAUUGUUUACAGCAUGUUGCCGACUUUCUUCACCACUUAAAUUGGAUGUCUUCCCAUCAUGUGAUUAAUAAAUAUAGUAGGAAGAGUUAUAGUAUAUGUAAGUAUAUCAUUUCUGUGUAAUUAUUUAUACAUCCUCUUAUUUGUAUGUCCUUUUUGUCACUUUAUAUAUACAUAUUUACUUUGGUGCAGGAGUCAAAUUUAACAACAAAAAACAGGGGUUAAUCUGGCUUACUGUAUUUUGUCUCUCCUAAUUAUGUCCUAAAUGUUCUUUCCUUUCUUUUUCACUUACAAUGGAGUAGUGUUACUUGAUCUUACAUAAUGCUGAAAAUAAGUUUGUGUUGACUAAUUUCUGGUGUUAAUUUUAUUCAGAUGAUUGUUGAAAUGCCUGCAGAAAUUGACCGUCCUUAUAUGCUAUAGAACCAUAAUUUAUGAUGCAGUGCAGUUUACUCACCAGUUCCUGUAAGGUUAAUGUUUUUCAGGUCCAUUUGUGGCACUGUUGGGGUGAAUUGGCUGGAGUUCUUCGGUUUUGUUCAAUUCUUUACGCUUCAGAUAUGUGUCAUGUGUAUGAGAUGGAAUGGGUUGUUUGAAAGAGGCGGCGCACGCCGCACAGAAUGCGGUGAUGCAGUGGGUGCAGGCAAUAAUUUCUUCUAUGUUGGUGCCGCGAGAAGAAAGCAUUCAGUACUCGACAGGUUUGGUUUGGUCUACGAAAGUGAAAAAUCGCUCGUUGUCUUUGAUAUUAAAUUUGCAGGUUUUGGUAUUGACUGGGUUUUUGUAGUCUAUUUGCGCCCUAAGAAUAUUGAAAGCUGCUUCGGACACAUCACUGAAUCCAAGGAAGUGGAGGCCAAACUUUAUCCAGGAUGGUUGGUGCUUGCCAAAUUCUUGUUUGCUACUUUUGAAUUAGAGAAGUUGGCUGAGAGUCAAAAAAAUGCUCUGAACUAACUGCUUAAAUUGGAGCUGUUGAGCUGUAAACUCCAUCUGCAGAUUACCAAGAAUUCCUGCACUUGCUUUCAUGUUGAACAGAUUCAAGUAAGGCUUUCAGAGCUGCUUAAAAGGUGAGUAAAUUGCAUCAUUAGUCUCCAAAUUUUUGGCCAAAGUUUUAUCUUGGUUCUGGAAUUUUUUAGUUUGAUGUUGGUACUCACUAUUGCCUACAGGUAGUGCAUCUAUGCAUCUUUGUGUCACACCUUACAAAAUCCUUUUUUUUCAAUCUCAUAUUUCAUUCAUACUAUUUAAUGGAUCACAAUUUUGAAUAGAAAAAUGAGAUGGAUAGAGAACCUAUGUAUAUUCAUGGUGCAUAGACAUAUGCAAAUAAAUUAGAUGUAAGCAACGAUUAAA